AUGAAAUUAAUACAGGAAACUGAGGAUGGAGCAAACGACAGAAAGUUCAUAAAAUCUCAAGUGGAGAAACGUCGAAGGGAGAGGAUGAACUGCAGUCUGGAGCGUCUGAGGACCAUGUUGCUUCAGCAGCCACAACAACUGACUCCAUUAACUCAUACUGGUGUUUCCAUGCAGGGUGGGACUCAGCGCAGAAUGGAGAAAACUGAGAUACUGGAGCACACAGUCCUCUUCCUACAGAACACCGUCAAAACAGAGGACAGGAGAGCUGGAGGUGGAGGUCAGAAACAUUCCUUCCAAGAUGGCUUCUCCACCUGCCUGCAGAAAGCCGCUCAGUUCCUGGGACCUGAGGGGAAAGGCUUGUGGCUUGGAGCAGCUCUGGAUGCAUCUUUCGCUGCUCGCUUUACCCACUCAGACUCUGAUUCUGCAGGUGCCAGAAGCAGGACUGAAGCCCAAUCCUCCAGCUCUCUGCCACACACAAAGUCCAUUCUUCGGAUGCUGAGGCAAAAGUCCACACACAGAUUGGACACACGAGCCGCUGGUGUGAACAGUUUUGCUCAUCCAUACCAACUUCCAGUCCAGCACGGGUUUCCUAGAGUUCCCCAACAGCCUCAGAGACACAGCGACGCAAGCAAGCAGAGCUCGUCUCAGAGCCUCCCGGUCAGCCAGACUAUGUGGAGGCCCUGGCCUUGA